AGGGUGGGGGUUGGAAGUUGGAGCAUUUAUCCUAUGAUUUGCUACUUUAUGCUAUAAACCUUAUGAUAGUAUUGAACCAUGCAUAUUCUAUACUUCUAUUUGUUUUGAAUUCCACACCUCCAAAAUAAUUAUUAGAAACUCAACAUUCGAAUACGUACGCACCAUGAUGGAUUUGGAGUUGUGGAAAAUUACAUUCACUCUAUAUGGAGUCAUUUCUUUGCUCUAUUCUACUUGUUAUUGCGAAAAAGCUCCAAAUUACUCUUUCAUGAAACCAGCAACAUUUGCACCACAAGUCUCGUAUUUUGACUACAUCAUCAUCGGCGGCGGGACGGCAGGUUGCGGUUUAGCAGCCACUCUGUCCAAAGGAGCCCGUGUCCUCCUCCUCGAGCGAGGCGGGGCUCCUUACGGAAACAAAAUUGUAGAACAAAUGAGUGGCUUUGGAGCCAACCUAGGUGAUAGUAACAGUGAUAAUAACUUGGCCACCUCGACGGCUCAACCUUUUGUGUCCGAGGACGGGGUGGUGAGCGCGCGUGCACGAGUGCUUGGAGGUGGUUCAGCCGUCAAUGCAGGGUUCUACAGUCGGGCUAGCCCAGACUAUGUAGCCAAGGCUGGAUGGGCCGGGUCCUUGGUGAAUGAGUCCUAUGCAUGGGUGGAGAAAAAGGUAGCGUUUAAGCCUCCAAUGUUGGAGUUUCAAUCAGCUUUUCGAGAUGGGUUAGUUGAAGUUGGGGUUAAGCCGUACAACGGGUUCACAUAUGAUCAUAUAGAAGGGACUAAAAUUGGAGGAACUAUAUUUGAUCACAAUGGAAAGCGGCACACUGCUGCUGAUUUGUUGGAGUAUGCAACCCCUGAUUCAACUGUUGUUUAUUUGUUCGCUACGGUCCAUAAGAUAAUGUUUCAAACCAAAGGGCAAUACUCAAAAAAGCCAAGGGCUCAUGGAGUAAUAUUCAGGGACUCAAAGGGAGGAAAGCACAAAGCAUAUGUAAAAGCAGGAGAAAUGAAUGAGAUAAUAAUAUCAGCAGGUGCAUUAGGAAGUCCACAGUUGUUGAUGUUAAGUGGAAUUGGGCCAAAAGCCCAUUUAAAAGAAAAAGGGAUUCAAGUGUUAGUGGACCAGCCAAUGGUGGGCCAAGGCAUGACUGAUAAUCCAAUGAAUGCUGUGAUGAUCCCUUCACCAAAUCCUGUUGAAAUUUCUUUAAUACAAGCUGUUGGUAUCACUGACUUUGGUACUUACAUUGAAGCUGCUAGUGGUACUACCUUUGCCAAUUCCAUUAUUCAUUCUAUUCCUGCUGCUUACAAGACUUCAAACAACCUGCAAGACAAAGACCAGAAGACACAAUUAUAUGAUCAAAAAGCACAUGAAUUCAUGAACUCAUUAGCAGAUGGGAAAUUAUAUGCUGGCCUAAUUCUUGAGAAAAUUAAAGGACCAAUUUCUUCAGGACACUUAUUACUUAAGACCAAAAACCCAAGUGACAACCCUUCAGUCACAUUCAACUACUUCAAAGAAAAGAAGGACCUCAACAGAUGUGUUAAAGGGAUGGAGACCAUAAUCAAGGUGAUUAAAUCAAAAUCAUUCUCCCAAUUCAGAUUUUCUGAAUUAUCGAUCGAAGGUCUCUUAACCACAAUGCUUAAUCUCCCCCUUAAUCGGUGUCCAAAGCCGGCCAAUGACACCGGAACAUUCACAACACUUGAACAAUUCUGUAAGGAUACUGUUAUGACAAUAUGGCAUUAUCAUGGAGGUUGUCAAGUUGGUAGGGUGGUUGAUAAGGAUUAUAAGGUUUUCAAUGUUAGUGGUUUAAGAGUUAUUGAUGGAUCAACUUUGUAUGCCUCUCCUGGGACUAAUCCACAGGCUACUGUCAUGAUGCUUGGAAGAUACAUGGGAAGAAGGAUUCUUCAAAGCAGGAUUGCUGCCUCAAAGUAGAAUUAGUUUAUUGCUGAAUGUCCUUGAUUACAGAUUACCCAUUUUCCUCUAUUCCUCUAACUUAAAAGAAAUGUCUCAAUAUAUUUUCUUAUGAUCACUAUGACAUUCUUACUGAUCAGAGUGAUUAAAGCAGAAAUUCUCAUGGAUUCUAAUGUUAA